CAACAAAUCAUCGCCACCUCACACCACUCCCCGUCCCUGAGACACCAGAACAUUCUAUCGAGGCACACCUCCUUGUCACCUUUCCCUUUUUGUCCCUCUUGGCCACCUGUACAUUUCCUUGUUCGUUUUGCGCAUCCUCCUUCUUUCAACAUGGUGUAGGAAGCCGCAGAUCCAUCCGACAUGGCGUCGACGAACUACGCCCGUCUGCGCGAGCAGACGAUGAUCUCGCACGAGGAUGAAGAGGCAGUCACCGUCAACACAAGAGCACUGAUCGACAAGGUCCUCGCGCGAUACUCCGGCGAGUGGACUACUCUUCGCGAACUCAUCCAGAAUGCGGCCGACGCACAGGCAACCAACGUUACCAUCCGAUUCGAGACCUCGCCCUCCUCCACCGUUCCCCUCCCUCAGAGCCAAGACCCUUCCGAAAGGCUCAAACACGUCCUACUACACCAUACCGUCAAGACGCUCCUGGUGAGCAACGAUGGCGAUUUGUUCAACGAGAACGACUGGCAACGGUUGAAGAGGAUAGCAGAGGGCAACCCGGAUGAGACCAAGAUUGGGGCGUUCGGAGUGGGCUUCUACAGUGUCUUUGCAGACUGCGAGUCGCCUUUUGUAUCAUCAGGGAAAGAGACCAUGGCAUUUUACUGGAAGAAGGACAGUCUAUUCACGAGGAGAGGCAAACUCCCGGAGGAGCAGGUGCAGAAGGGCACUACCUUCCUCCUCGACUAUCGAAGUCAGAGCACGCCGGUCCCGCCACUUCUCAGUCUGUGUCAGUUCUUGGCGACAAGCUUGACCUUCGUCGGACUACAUACCAUACAGUUGUACCUCGACGAUUGGAAUGUCCUCACGUUGACGAAGAAGAUCGCACCGGCCGCCAAGGUCAGCAUACCGAAGGAAGUUAACCCUAAGACGAGAGACGGCCUGAUGAAGAUCUCGGACGUCGAAUACCAGAAUGCGCAAAUCGAUGCGCAGUGGAUGAAUGUGGUGGGGUGGGAUCGAAAGGUCCCCCAACCCGUCAACGUUGCUGCAGCUGUACAGCAAGAAAGCGCAUCGUCGAGCUCACUUCGCGGCUGGUUCGCAAAGCUCACUAGUGGUGCGCCUUCCAGCACCAAUGCAGCAACACAGAGGGCACGCAAGGAAGAGGAGGCGUUGCAACGAGCCCUCGUGGAAGACUUGACCGGUAUUAGCACAGCGACUGUCUUUCUGCGAAUAAGCACAGUCAACGUGCAUACGUUCAUAAGCAAGCAGCUGGCGCAGGAGCUGGAACGCGCGACGAAGAAGCCACCUCCGAAGCAGACACGCAUCGCCAUUCUCACUUCGUCCUACGACGAGAGUUCUGCGUCGAUGUCGACCAUCUCUGGCGCUGGCGCAAAGAAAGCUAGCGAAAUAUUCGCGUCUGUCCUUCCCACGAAGAAUGGCAAGAUCUUCAUCGGCUUUCCGACUGCUCAAACAACCGGCCUUCUCGCUCACAUUUCGGCCCCAUCUGUCAUACCCACCGUCGAACGAGAGAGCAUUGAUCUCAAUGCCAGAUACGUGCGUGAUUGGAACGUGGAAAUGCUGCGCGUGGCUGGUAUCGCUUGUCGAAUAGCAUAUACAGGCGACAUGUCCGAGUUGAAAGCGAAGCUCGAUCGCAUUGCAUCUGCAGACGGCAGGAAGAAGAUUACAAAAGAAGAUGUGACUUCCGUCUUGCCUUCAGCAAUCCACACCUACAAGCAAUACAACUUCGAUGAAUCCACUCCGUCGAGCAAGGUGGGCGACUACAUUGAAGAGGCCUUCUGGAUGUGCAACCAGAAGGCCAGCAUCGACGUUCUCUCCACUCGUGGCGUCUUGCCCAGCCAGAUGGUCCGCGUCGCGACCGAAGAUCUGAGCUUCGUGGAAGGCAUUCCGGUCGUGCCGGACGAAGUGAUGGAGAAGUCGAACCAGUUUGUGACGAAACUGCGAGAAUUCGGUCUGCUGUCCGACAUCACCACCGGCGACAUCAAGAAAGAACUCGAAGCGCAGGCGCUCACUGAAAAGCAAGUAACGGAGCUGGUGAAAUGGGCAUGCUCGAAGGUUGCGAGAGGGGACUUUGACGCCAGCGUUGUGCAGACCCUUUUCGAUGGCACGGUGGCGAGUAUCCGCGAGGAGUUUGUGAAUCUGUCGGCCAGCCCAGUUUUGCAACUUGGCCAGAUCACCGGCUUCGUCAACGUGGCGAAGAUACCUGCAGAGAUGCCGACACCGCCGAACACGAUCCCUUUCCGGAUCACGAAAGGCCUAUCUCCUACACAGCUUCAGUCUAUCGGUUGGGACGAGCUUCAGAUUGUGCCGUGGCUGCGCUGGAUUAUUGAGAGCGACGGAUAUGGAUUUGGGGCCGGCCAGAGCUUGACUACUACUCCGGCUGUGGCCGCACAAGUCUUGCCAGUCAUCUCAAAGGCGUGGGACAGUCUUUCGCAAUCUUCAAAGGAUACCACUGUCACUCUACUAUCCCCAAGGACGGUAAUACCGACGAAAUUGGGCAUGCGUAUACCACCACGGGCAUACUUCGCAAGCGUGAAGCUCUUCGAUGACCUCCCUACCAUCACCGGCUUGCAAGGCGUGAAGGAGAAAUUCCUGGCUGCUCUCGGCGUGCGAAAGACCGUCGAGCUGAACGUGGUGUUCGACCGGCUCAUGGCCAAAUCCACCAAUGUAUCCGCGACCGAAGAGAGCAAGUGGAGCCACGUGGAUCUGAUCAGGUAUCUGGUCAGCGUCAAGGACGACAUACCGGCAGAGGAUGUUAAGAGGCUCCGCAACACGCCGAUCUGUACGGCUGAGAUCAAAUCCGCUGAUCAGACAGACAAAGGGAAGCUGUACCGCGUUUCUGAGCUGUAUGAGCCGACCGAUUCGGUGAAGAAACUGGGUCUACCCGCAUUGUUUUGGCCAGGCCAGUACCGGCCAUCGACUCCAGAAGGCAGAUUCCUGCGAAUGCUCGGCCUGAAUCCGUAUCCUUCUGUCAACGAUCUCGUCAAUAUCCUGAGCACUGCACCCAACGGUGGCGACCUCCAGAGAACCGCACUUGACUACUGGAUCAUCAACAACUUCCAGAACGGCUAUAACAAAGUCAACGUCGCCGCCAUCGACAAAGCCUUCCUUCCCGUCCAGCCUUUCGCAGGAGAAAGUAACAAUAAGAUUGCCAAGCCGUCGCAGUGCUUCGCCAAUCCGAAGGCGGGUGUGCUUAGAUUUCGCAUCUUGCGCGAGGACCUGCUGCAGUACUCGCAGACCUUUGGUGUCCUUACAGAUCCAUCUAUCGAGACUUGCGUGGAACGACUCGUCAAGACACCUCCGACCGACUAUGCAAGUGCAAAGGCGCUGUAUGGGUAUUUUGCAGGUCGACUCAACGAGUUACCGCCUCGUGGCAAUUUGACUGACCGAUUGGGGAACGCGCCUAUCGUUCCGAUACUCCAGCGAUCAGGAGGCGAAAAGCGCAGCAGUGCUGUGCGCUAUGUGACGCCCACAUCGUGCUUCAUUGGCGACGGCGCGACAUACGGUGACAUCUUCGACUUCGUGGACUUUGAUGCGGAGGCCAAUACAUUCUUGCUACGGGUUGGGUCGAAGCAUGAGCCGAGCGCGACGGAGAUAGCGAGUAUGCUUGUCCGGCAGCCCGCACGACUGCUGGAGACGCUUGGUCACGAGAAGUACUUGCAGAUUUUGAGGAAGAUUGCGGAGAGCGCGGCGACGCUGAAGAAGGAUAAGAGCCUUUGGCAGCAACUCAAGUCUUCGCCGUGCCUGCUUGCGGAGAAGCAAGUUUCGAAUCUGCCAGCCGGUGAUGAUGAGAAAGUGCGCGAGCUUGAAGACGAGGAGAUGUUCAUCAAGGAGUAUUCGCUGGCCGCUGCGCCUGGAAUGGUGUUGCUGGAUGACUUCGCCACCUAUCGCAUCUUCCAAUCGAGUCUACUUGUUGCGCCGCAGGAGGAGCUUUUGGAGAGUCUGUAUGCUUCGCUUGAGACGCCAUGGCUGAGCAAGCUCGUUGAGGAUGAUCAGCGGAUGGGGAAUCCAUUGCGAGACCAGUCCGGGGCAUCGCUGCUGCAGAAGCUCAUUGUCGAACGGUCGCGGCUGUUUCUCUACGACCACACUGCCGAUGUUAUCCGACACGAUGCGAAGUGGCUGGAGCAGAAUUUGACCGUCAAAGCGACAGAAUUUCUGCAAGUCACGCGACGUCUCAAGGGGUACCGCCUGCAAUUUGUCGAGAAGCGGACGGCUGCUUUGCACAGGGAGUCGAAGCGAGAGGCUACGCUGUUCAUCACUGCCAAAUAUGAUCUUUACGAGGUCAGCAGAGCGUUGAUGAGCCUGUUGCUCAAGCGGCCGCGUCAGCAGGAUUACCUCGCACUCGAAAUGCUGAUGGAGAGCGAUUUGAGGCGGUUAAAGGCGAAAGGCUACAAUGUCGAUCGCAUUUUGAGGGCAAAGGCCGCCGAGUCCCGCAUUGCUGAUAGCGAGCGUAGGAAGCGUGAGGAGGAGCAGAAGCGGCUGGCGGAGGAAGAGGUAAAGGCACGAGCUGUGGCACUUCCACCUCCGACUCAACCGGCUCUCACGAAUGGUGUGUCGGGCCAAGAGCAGACGAGUGAUGUCGAAACGCCGGAGCGCGCUUUGUCCAUCCCCGGCGCAUUUUCCGAUUCACCUCCAGCAUCGAGCCGGGGGAAGCGAGGCAACAUCUUCAAUUCGAUCAGCAAGCACCUCGGCAUGAAUGCCGGCAAUACCGCCGCUCAACAGCAAAUGCAGAACCUGCUCACCAACGGCUCGCAAGAUGUGCCUCCGCCAUAUGAUGCGCGCGACCCGAACAGUGCUGGCCCAGGCACGGAACAAGUGACCUCGCCCCGAGAUCUCCAACGCAAUCUCGAAGCAGCCAUCAGCGCCUGCAGACCCUACAACUCUUCGACCCUCUUCUCCCCCCCGCAGACGACCACCGUCAAGGAAACGGCCUCCUACUGCGACAACAAGCCGGGCAACAACCUCGUCUUCGUCGCCGACCUAAGCAACAGCAUCAAACUCUUCCUCCACCGCCACAAUCCCGACCCCACCGCUUUCCUCACCACCCACGCCGACGCCCUCGCCAACUUCGUCUUCAUCCUCACCGAAGUCGCCGCCAUCUUCUCCCUCCCCACCUCGCGGCUCAACAUCUUCCACGACGACGCCGGGGCCUCCAUCGCCUUCAACACCAACGGCAGCAUCUUUUGCAAUCUGCGCUACUUUGUGCAGCUGCAUUUGGCUGGCAUGGCGUCGCCUGAGGGCAAGGUCGAGGCGUGCUCGUAUUGGUAUAUUACGCUGUGUCAUGAGCUGGCGCAUAAUCUUGUGGCGGAUCAUAGCUCGCAGCAUUCGUUUUACACGGAGAGUUUUGCUGCGCAGUAUUUCCGGCGGAUGGUUUGGUGGGCUUCGAGGAUGGGUGCGUGAGGGUUGGGUAGAGCGUUGUGUGUUGCAUAGCGAGCGUUUGAACGUUGUUGUGCAUUUGCGGGUGGAUGUUAGAUAUUACCCUGGGCAUAGAUGAUGAUACGCUGUUAGAAUAGAAUUGAUCCCAUC